UCUGUCCCUGCAGGCUUCCCCUCUCUGCUCACAUCAUGCAGGUAUGGUUAGAGAGUGCAGGGGUUGGGCUGCUUUUCGCUCUUUUGUUGCUGGUAGCCAGUCUCUUCAAACAGAGAGGAUAUCAGAAGAAUGACCAUGAGCCCAAAGGCUGUUUACAGUCUCCCCCUCUAUCUGCAACUCUUCCUGGCCCUCCUUCUGUUCCUCUCCUUGGCAACAUGUUGGAGCUCAUGCAAGAGCACCUGCCUAGUCACCUGACAACUUUGGCACGUCGCUAUGGGAACAUCUAUCGCCUCAAAUUUGGCAACAACACCAUGGUGGUCCUAAGUGGAAGUGACACCAUUAGAGAGGCUCUGGUGAAGAAAUGGACAGACUUUGCUGGGAGACCACAUUCUUUCACAGGUGACAUUGUGUCUGGCGGAGGCUGCUCCAUCUCCCUGGGUGACUACAGUGAUGAGUGGAAGCUGCACCGGCGCCUGGUGCACAGUGCCCUGCAGCGCUGCACCACUGAGUCUCUUCACUCCCUCAUUCAGCAGCAGGCCCUCCAGCUAAGAAAAGUGCUGCUAGAAUAUAAUGAAACUGCAGUUGACCUCUCUGAGGAUUUCACUGUUGCAGCCAGUAAUGUUAUUACUACUCUCGCCUUUGGGAAACAGUACAACAAGACUUCACCUGAGCUGCAGCGUCUCCACGGCUGCCUGAAUGAGAUCGUGGCACUGUGGGGCUCUUCAUGGAUCUCAGCGCUGGACUCCUUCCCUAUUCUCCGAAAACUGCCGAAUCCUCCUUUCUCACGUCUCCUGAAAGAAGUGUCAAGGAGAGAUGACAUCAUUCGGACAUACUUGGACGAACUCAAGGAGGAAGAUGAUGCCAUAAAAGAAAGGGGUGCUCUUACCGCCUUUCUGAGGAGGCAGGAGAAGACUGAUGGAGAGUCUCAGAGGUCGACACUUACGGACACUCAUGUGCACAUGACCACAGUUGAUCUGCUUAUUGGUGGGACGGAGACCACAGCGGCCUGGCUGAGCUGGACUGUGGCUUUCCUCCUCCACAGACCAGAGAUCCAACACAGAGUUCACGCGGAGAUGUGCUCGGUGCUGGAGGCCCGCUACCCAGACUACAAGGACCGGCACCGGCUGCCUCACCUGUCUGCUCUCAUCAGCGAGGUGCUCCGCCUGAGGCCUGUGGCCCCGCUGGCUGUGCCUCAUAGAGCCAUCAGGAACAGCAGCAUUGCAGGGUAUUUCAUACCAAAAGACACAGUGAUCAUUCCUAACCUUUUUGGAGCCCACCAUGAUCCUUCAGUAUGGAGAGACCCUUUCAGCUUCAAACCAGAGCGCUUUUUAGAGGCUGAUGGAGCGUUGCUUCGUUCCCUUCUGCCGUUCAGUGGAGGAGCUCGGUUGUGCCUGGGAGAGUCUGUGGCGAAGAUGGAGCUCUUCCUGUUUACUGCUUACCUGCUGCGAGAUUUUGAACUUCAUCCUGGCGAUAAGGAACGUCUGCCCGACCUAAAAGGAGUGGCCAGUGUGGUGCUGAAGGCCAAGCCAUUCAAAGUCGUUGCUCGCCCAAGGGCAUAG